AUGACGUCAGGCGCUGGAGGCGGGCCGCCGUGCGCUGCCCGUGAGCCGUGCGCCGCGGUCGCGCGGGCAGGCGGCGGCCGCCCCGCCCGUGGUGGCCGCGGACCCGACCUGCGCGCCCAUAACCGCCUCCGUCCACUUCGCGGCGAAGACCUGGCUUGUCGGCUCCGGCGAUUGCCUGCGCGCGCUGGAGGGUCACGGCGAUGUCGCGAGGCCCGCUGUGUCCUCGCCAGACGAGCUGGAGGUGCUGACCGCCUCCUACGAUGGCACGACGAAGAUCUGGCGUUUGAGCUCCUGCGAGUUCUUGCGCGCCCUGGGGGCUGCGCCUACGUUGCGGUUGCCGCCGUGCCGGUGCUGACCGCCUCAUACGAUGGCGCGGCGAAGAUUCGGCGCGUGGGCUCCAGCGUGUGCCUGCGCGCCCUGGAGUGCCACGGGAAUACCGCCAGGUCCGCCGCGUUCUCGCUGGGCCGGCUGGAGGUGCUGACCGCCUCCUACAAUGGCACGGCCAAGGUUUGGCAUAUGGUCUCCAGCGUGUGCCUGCGUGCCCUGGAGGGUCACGGCAGAGUCGCGAGGUGCGCCGCGUUUUCGCGGGAGGGGCUGGAGGUGCUGACCGUCUGGCGCGAUUGCUUGGUGUAG